CCUGUGUCUUGCUUCCUCAAACGCCAAGGUGGUUUAAUUGCACCAAGGAAUAAGCCAUGGCGUCUUCUUCCCCGAUCCUGCAGCAGCUGGGCUGCUUUCGGUCCCUCCUCCUGAAGCCCCAGUCCCUGUCGUCCACCGUCAACAACCAGAUCGGUCGCCGUGCGCUCAGCACCGUCUACUCCGCGAAGCCUGAGCCCAAGCCUCUCCCUAAGAACCUGCCGGAGCAGUUCCUUCGUCAAUUACCGCUUCGCAUGCGGCCGAAUCCUGAGCGCAAAGAACGCAAGAUCCCUCCUCCGCCGCCGGCCCCUCAGUGCAAGGACCCCGUGAACGCCGUGCAAGAGGCCCAAUUGGCGCAGCUGGACCCCACGGGCGAGCGCCGCGCUCUUUUCGACUACAGACGGAGUCCUCGCAGUGUCAAGGUCGGAGAUGUUCUGCGGGUGACGUUCAAGAACGGAGAUCCGUUCUCCGGAGUGUGUUUGAGCAUUCGGUUGCGCGGCAUUGAUACGUCGUUCUUGUUGCGGAACCAGUUGACGAGAGUUGGAGUUGAGAUGUCCAUCAAGGUGUUCAGUCCUAAUGUUGAGAGUGUGGAGAUUGUGCAGAGGGCGGAGAAGAGAAAGAGACGCGCGAGGUUGUAUUACAUGAGGAAGCCCAAGCACGACAUGGGCAGCGUCGAGAACCUCGUUGCGAACUACCUCCGGCAGAAGAGAUCGCUUACCGGCAAGAGGGGCGGUGGCCAGACGAAGAGACGGUAGACUCGGUCAGACCCUUUCUGCGCAUAGUUUGGACUUGGGUUUAUUUGGCGCGAAUGAAUGUGUAUUAUUACUAGCAUAUGUGUGUAUAUUGAAUUUCAGUCCCGGUUUUACUUUUUGGGCGGAUAUGGAUGAUUCUUGAGAUGUUGGUUGCAGCUCAUGAUACCUACCUAGGCCGGGGAAGCAUCUAAAAGAGAGAAAGAUAAUGAAUUAGAACAUCUACACCUUCCG